AGUAUAUCGCAUUACCUUCACCGCGACCUUGGUCAGCGUCAUCGUCUUCAUCAUCGACAUGGAUUCUUCUCCCGAAAUGGAGCGAUUUGGCAUCUCAGACGUGGACUACGAAUACAUGAUGGACCCAAUGAAGCGGCGCUUCAAACAAUCACGGAAACAAAGAAUUUAUGGUGUAUUUGCUUCGGAUGAUUCUCAAUCAGAAGAUGAACGCAGCGGCUUCGGUGGCCGCGAUUCCAGCUUGAAGCGUAAGGGUGCAAAUUAUUCCGCACCGAUCACCUUUGUCAGUGGUGGAGUGAAGGUAGGGCCUUUUUAUAUCGCAUGAAAAGCCAUUCCAUCGAUCAUUUUAAGUGAUCAUGAUCGCGAAGGCAACCAUAUCGGCACGAGUUUCCGGUUGGCACCCGAUAGCCAUUCGAUGACCGUCCGAUGGGCGCAAGUUAAACCCCGCUCGGUACAACUAUUGAAUGGCUAUCGGGCCAUUAUAAGGAACUCCCGUGGCACUUACCCGUAUUACCCGCUUUUCGCUCUCCACUUAGACGCAUCUUGGCUCCUCGUAGAAACCUGCUGCUCCCCCCUCUUUCAUCACCAAGCCAUUCAGGAGCCUAGCUUGAAUGCCUUAUCGUCACGAUUAUCCGCUUACACGCCGAGCUGUUCUUGGUUUUUUGACGGAAAUCGGGUGGUCAACCCGUAGACUCAAAGGUCCGCGUUAGUUCGCUUGUAGUUCCAACUGGCUUAGGCUCUAUCUACCCGUUUGAAGAACCUUGAGUGGGGACUUACUAAGAGAUCGUCAUAUUGGCAUAUUGACAAUUAGCGACAUUUUAUGGAUUGGGAAGAUCAGGGCUUGCGGUUCUCUGCUUUGUUGCGUACUGUUAUCAGCUAUCUUGACACCAGCCGUCUGAUGCCGUCCACAUUAUAUUUUGCAGCAUAUGAGAGCCGUCACCGUUUUCCCACAUUUUCAUGAUCUCACCUGGGAUAAUAACCUACGAGGUAUUAGCUGCUUGCUCUCUUCGAAACAAUUUGAAACAUUGGUUGUCCGGGUUGGUUGUUCGGCUAUUGACUGGUUCACCGAGCCUGAUUGAAUCGUCCAUUAGUGAUCUCUUGGCAGAUGACCUUUGAAAGUGGCGUCUUCAGUUUGCGUUCCUUGGUAUUUGCCCAUUUUCCCCUGCGACCAAAGCUAUCAUUCGAUUUCUUCGCUGUGUAACUCGUUUUGGGCUGUACUUUCCAAAUCGCCAGAUAUCUUUCUGAAUUGUUUGUUUAUAGAGUCGAUGUCAAUGCGCAUGUUGAUUGAUUUAUUAGAGAAAAACCGAGCUUCGUGGAAAUUCCUUUUUUUGUCUUCAAUUGGGCAAUAAUCUCCGUUCUGUUCUAGUCCAAGAUAUGUUCCUUCUCAUCCACAUGCGCCGAGACCGACGAUGCGUAAUGCUUUCUGCAGGUCCUUUGAUGUUCUUGUAUCCUGGCCAAUACUUUCCUUCCUGUCUAGUUUACAUAGUUCUUUUCAGUUGUUCUCAUAUAUUCCAUUUGCGCUAUGCUUUCCCUAUACACUUUGAAUUGUGUUGGUUUGAGCUGUUGUUGCACCGCGCAUCACGCAUUCUACUGUCCUGUGGUGCAUCCGCAGUACAGCGAUAUCUUGUACGUAUGCUUCGGCCAUACGCGGGCUUCGGUAGUGCAGCAGUGCCCAAGCCCACACAGAGGGGACUCACCUGGAAUGCAACGGUCGCAGGCUAACCAAUGGAACCAGUGUACCACCGAUCCCGUUGCAUUUACGCUUUAGAAACAAAUGUUGGUUGCUAACCUGUCGGCCCGUUUAUAUUUUGCUUUUCAUCAUCGCGCCCCGUCGGUUUAAGAUUUGGUACGCCGUGGCAGUUGUCGAUGUUUGGUACAUAAGUAUUUACAGCUGUUAAAUUUUUUGACUAUUUGUUCCCUGUAGACUGUUGUUGCCACACCUCAACGACAUUUUAUCAUUGGAAUCAGCGAUGUUCCUCUCCAAUCCGUUCGUAGCUUGCUUCAAAGUCAUGUUGAUUUGUGUUCAUCUUUGCUGUGCCCGCAGACCCUGGAUUUGAGCAACCGUUUUUCUCGUCAGGAUAGUGUUAUCGCCUUACGUUAGAUGUUUCUUGCCUGUGCUCAGUAUCACAAAAUUGCAAUGCUCACCUUUGAGGUGGAAGCAUUGGAGUGGCUGCAUAGCACUGGUACAUCAUGGAACACAUCGCUGUGAGCACUAUACGAGCGUGUCCCAAGUUACUCCUUGAACACGUACCGCUUACGUUUAUCAUUACGCUACUUCACAUCAAUCCGAAGUUUUUUUCUAUCACAGCACGUGGACUACUUUUGGAAACCGUUUCCUUUAGGUAAAUAUGAGACUUAUCAUUGCAAAGAAAUCAAAUAAUUGUACUCGUGUAUUGGACUUUUUAUCCGUUAUUCUACCAUAUUCCGUGAUUUUCCACGACUGCGCAGAUUUCACUGUUUCCCACUCUAUGUCGAGACUUUUUUUCCCCGUACCAUGUUCAUCCAUGUCAGUCACCAGUGCCGUGUUCAUCCAUGUCAGUCGCUAGUGCCACAAAGCUGUCUAGCUGUUUUGAUGACCAUCCACGGUGUUCUUUCUCAUAUGCAGGUUGAAUUUGCUCUCUUUCUACAGGCCGGUGACAGCGACGCGACUAAAAACAAAGACGCAGAUGCGGAUUCAAUGCAAAUUUCGGAUGAUGAAGAUGACAAGCAUUUUGUAAAUAAACUUCAUGAUUCGGAUUCUGAAUCUUCGCCAGAUGAAAGGCGCAGUACUCGGCAAUUUCGAAGACCGCUUCUAACGGUUGGGGCCGGUAGAAGGGCGGCUGUGGCCGCCGCUGCCGCCAAAUCUGAUGCUGGAGGUUUCGGUGCAUGGGAACGCCACACGCGCGGUAUUGGAAUGAAGCUCCUUGAGCAAAUGGGAUAUCAGCCUGGCAAAGGCCUUGGGUCUGAGGGUCAAGGUAUUACCACUCCCGUGCAAGCCACUCAGAGGGUUGGUAAAGCCGCCGUUGGUUAUUUCGGCCCCGAGACGGCUCCUGCACCACUGCGCGGCAAUGAAGCAGCGGAAGUCAUAAGCGAAACUGCCUCUGGUCAACUCGAUGGACCUCGAUACAAAAAGAAGACUGCACCACGUCCAAAGGGUAAUAUUGUAUACAAAACAACGGAUGAAAUUGUGGCAAGUAUUUCGCCGGCCGAUCCGGCAUCUGCAAUCAAGCACCGUGGAUUGUUUUUAAACAGCAGUGAGAUGUCCAGGGUGAAGGUGAUUGAUAUGACAUGCAAAGAGCAGCGAGUCUACACGGGCUAUGAAGCUGCUUUAUCAAAGGCUGCUCGUUACACGCGCCAGCCAAACGAGGAUGUUGAAGUCGGGCCGGAUGCUGACAAAGAAAAACUAGUUAAGCGUCGCGAGGGUCGUCUAUUUGAUUGUCCUGCCCUGCGUCGUAAUCUCGAAAUGAUUCUUCGAUCUAACGAAGAUGCGAUUCGUAAGUUGGACCGGACUUCGCGAUUUGAAGAGGAUCACUGUGUGGCUUUGGAGCACGAGAUCGAAAAACUCUCCGAGUUUGUCAAAACGGAAUCAGUGGAAGCAAGACGCUUGCAGGUAGCCCUCGAUCUGAUCGCCCAAUUCGAAGAACACAUGAAACGUAUGGAAGGGGGACUCUCACCAGAUGUUAUCGCUUCCUGGAUGAACAGAGUGAAAGAAGCAUGUGCAGAAUUACCGGAAAUGCCUGUUUUGAUGGCUGCCAUGGCAAGACCGAUGUUGGAUACCUCUUUGAACGGAUGGAAACCCUUGUCGGAGCCCAACUUUUGCUUUCAACUGUUGUCCAAAUGGCGGGAUUUUUUCCAAGAUACAUCUGCGUUCGAUGUUGUGCUCGAGACGAACUGGCUGACCACACUCCGUCGCACUAUCGUUAAUGACUGGGAUCCUCGAGACUGCGAACCUUUACUGGAUGUUCUAGAAAUUUGGCGUCCUCUCAUUCCAGACCAAAUGCUCCUGCGUAUCCUGCAUGAAUUGGUAUUACCUAAAUUGCAUGAUGCUGUUUCGAAAUGGAACCCACUCACGGACACCAUCCCAAUACAUACUUGGCUUCACCCUUGGCUACCGUGGUUUGGAGGAGCCGAACAUUUGGCUGGUGUGCAUGAUGCUGUUUUGCAGAAACUGGGAACGUGUCUGACCAACUGGCAUCCUAGCGAUGGGUCUGCACAUUCAAUUCUAACUCCAUGGCGUAGUGUUGUGUCAAUCGGGGCCAUGUCCGCGUUCCUGAAUCGGCAUGUUGUCCCAAAGCUGAGUUUAACUCUUCAACAGUUUAAGCUUAACCCUGCUUCACAAAACAUGGACGGAUGGACAUGGGUCAUGCGUUGGGCUGACUUGGUCGGCCCGGCUGUGAUAGUGAACCUGUUGGAACAGCACUUUUUGCCGCGUUGGCUUACUGUUUUGUCCAAUUGGCUCAACCAAGGUGUUGAGGCUAAACGACGCGGAGAUCAUGCUUCCGCUGGCCAAGUGUACCAAGAAGUUGGGCGAUGGUACGCGGGAUGGAAAGGUCAGUUACCACCAGAGUGCAUGGAAUAUGCGGGCAUCAAAGACUCGCUCACAAAAGCUUUGGCGAUGAUGGAACGUGCAAUGCGUGGACUCCCACCCCAAGAACCAAAACCAAAUGUGGCCACGGACGCAAGUCACUACACUGCGCCAGUAAGAGCGGCCCCGCUCACGAGUAAUUUCACCUCUGCUCCUCUCGUUGCCCCGCCUCCAACCACAUUGCGGAAACAGGUGGAACAAAUCGCCGCUCAGCGUGGAUUCGCGUUUCAUCCGAUCCCAAACCGUCUGUUCGAGGGACAACAAGUGUACCGUCUGGAGCGGUUGCAUGUUUUCUUCGACCGCAACGUCAGCUUUGUCUACAAUCCCACGGACGGCGGUUGGCAUCCUGUUUCGCUCUCUGAACUUAUGUCAAAAGCGGAUUGUUGAGAUAUCUUCCCUUGGAUAUCUCGUAGUGUAUAUGAAAUUGCCAUUUGGAUUGAUUUCCACUCGCUGUACAUAUGUUUCAUCUAUAGCAACAAUGAUUUCUCGCACUUUCCCCGGC